GACAUUGCCUUGGCGUUUCCCAACCAGCCCCGGGCUGCCGUCGGAGAAGUGGUUACCAAGGCCGUCGAGAGAUCAGCACCCACCGCGCAGUGCACCGCCGUAGAGGUGUGGCUUUUAGCCGGCGGGGUUUUGGGCAUGGCUGAAGAAGUGGGUGCCGAGACCAAAGAUGAGGGCCCUGCAAAGAAAAAACAAAAGACCACGACCGACAUGACCAGCGCCCGCUUGCGGCACAUCAUGCUGAAGUUUCAGGACGGAGCCCCAAAGACACCUGAUGGGAAGAAGGUGCGGAGCAAGGCAGAAGCGGAGACGCUGAUGAGAAAAAUCAUGAGGGAUCUCAAUGAAGAAGCGAAAGAGCUCAAGUCGAAACACCGGGGUCGAAAACCAGAGGAUUAUGCCCUCAAGUCAGAAAGAUUUACCAAGCUCUGCAAGGAGCAUUCGGAGUGUCCCAGUGCGCAGAAGGGUGGCGCCAUGUGUGGAGACUUGGGAUGGGUGUCAAAGGACAUGCAGAGCAAGCGUGGCGGCAACUUCCGGGAACUUGUAGCUGCCCUGAGGCCGGGUGACUAUAGUGACAUCGUCACCUCGAUGGAAGGGCUACAUCUCCUCCAACGAAUUGCCUGAGCCCGCGCUCCGCGCUGCUCCGUUUUACUGCGGAGCCUCCUUCUGCGGGGGAACCUCUUUGCCAUUCCCCGGUGCCAACAAACCAUGAGAUGAAAAAUCAGCCCCCCAAAAAAGUGCAGCCGCUUGCCCCUCCAAGGCAUUCACCUGCCGGCCAUUUUUCGGGGCCAUGGGAUCCAUGGGGAACGAUAAAGUGAUGUCGCAUCCACCGCCCCUGGGUCUCCCGUCUGGGGUUCGGCGUCAAACCGAGAGGCAGCUUUCGCCAGAAACAAGCCACGCUCGUGU